AUGGGUGCGAGUCUCUAUUUCCUCGAUAUUGUCGGUCCUGGCCUCUCCAACGAUCUCUUCUGGCCCAACUUUGACCCAACGUCAGCCCAGACGUACCUCAUCGACGUCUUCAACCGCCACCUCAGCGUCACCAACGCCUCGGAGAUCGACCUCUUCGACCCGAGUCAAGCCAUUCUCAAGACGUACGGUCUACCAUCAACAACAGCAUUUGCUAAGCCCACGUAUCCUCGUAUGCGAACUCUGGUCGAGUACACGUCGGUGGCCGAUGCGAUCGUUGGUUUUCAGUCGCUCGACCCUGGCUACGUCUUCAACUUGAUGACGUUGUACUGCUGGGCGGACUUUGAGAAGCGCUGGGAGCUGGCUCAUACAGCAGCCCGUCAAGCACGAUGCGCCUCUGGGAUGGCAGACAAUGGCGCCGUGUACCUCGAGGCAUACCUCCGCAACGUCCGCUGGGAUGCGUGGUAUGCUGUCUAUGGUGCCAGUUUUGAAUUUGGCGUCUCGGAUGCGAUUGUGGUCACAUCCGAGGGCCGUGACUGGUACAAAAGUCUCCAGAACGCGUACCAGUCUCUCGACGAUGAAGAAGCGUACUGGACGUCGCACCAGAUUUCGCACUUUCAGCUACAGUGGAGUAACGACUAUCAGUUUGGCGUCAAAGAGUCGAUCUCGCUCAAUUGGGCCUUCUUGAGUGACCUCUGGGGCGCCGUGGCCCUAAACGCCAGUCUCGUGCGCAGCGCACCAAACUUUAUGGGCGACACAACCAUGGAAGCCAUCCUCUUCUUGUAUCCCUUCACGCCCGCAAGCGUCAUUAUCCACAACACGCUCGGACCCUUUCUCAACAUUGACAUGCCGCACUCAUCUUGGCUCUUCAAGCCGACUUGA